GUAAAAGUUCUUUCCGCCGUCAAGAUCUACGCAGCCCCUCAAUUCGCCGUCAGGUUGCUGCUUAGGAAAUCUCGUUAAUUCACCGCUCGUUCAACAAGCUGGCAGAAUUCAGCUGCUGCAGGAGAAUUACCCAGGAAAGAUUUUGCGGAGCUUCCGGAGAGAAGCAGCUGGAUAUACAACUCUGGCCGAUUCUUUAGGGAAAUUUUGUGCAACUGGGGAGGAUGUUGAACCUAUCUUUUCCAGUGUUCAAUCGCAUUUCAAUUUCACUGGGUUAUUCGUUUGGCGGCUUCCCAUUGAUUACGGCUGAGUUUUGAUCAAACCAUUCUCCAAUGUGACAGUCUGCAAUUCAAUAAUCUUAUAUUGUUUAGGCUUUGAUUGAGUAGCUGCUAGAGAUGUCAGCACCAAUAGGAUACAUUCGAGAGAGUAUAUAGAUACAGAACAUAGAUAUUGUACUUAUUGCGAGCUUCAUUGAGGUACAAGAACCAGCUAUUUUUCAGAUGGGAAAACUAAAUUGUUUCUCUUUAUUGAUCUCUAGGAAGAAGAAAGAUAAGGAGAACGAUGAAUCUACAAAAGGUGAUUACAAUAAAGCGCUUAGAACGCUCCAGAUUAGGCUUGAACAGCAAAUCAAACCCAUUGAGUCAGAUGAGUUGAAAUCAACAUUGUCUAAUGUCUUUGUACCUUCUGGACUUGAGAAGGAUUCUGUUUGUCAUGCCAGAGUAAUGAGCCUGGAGAGCCUUGUUGAGGAUGGUACAACAGAGGUAGCAUAUGAAGGGGAAGAUGAACAUGAAGAAAAUGCUUCAAUCAGGAGAGAAUUCUCUGACUUUGAUCUCCAAGCCCAUGCCAAUUCAUGUGUGGAGUUUGAUUUGAGAACUACAAACUUGGAUUCUUCUGAUCAUUCAUGUGAUGCCAAACCAAAGCAAGAGAUGAACGAAGCUGAGCAAGAUGGUCAAAAGGGUGUUGACACAAUCCAAAGUGGACAUGUUAGUGAUCCAGGUAUCGAGAGAGCUGAAUUCUGGGCUUCACCACAGCUAAAGCGUUCCUGCUCUAAUCUUGAAACGAGGGAUGUGCUAAGAAAGAUAGCUGAUCAGUUGCCUCCUUCAAAAUCUCAGUCUUUUGAAGAAUUGCAAGAGUUGUCUACAAGGUUGAGGGAGGAUUAUAUUCCUGGGAGCCCUAUUUCUGUAAUGACCCAUGGAAGUGCUGAUAGAGUGAUGUUGAAGAAGCAUUCUUCCAGUCAAGUUCUGCCUUCAAGGAGUCGAAGACUUUGGUGGAAAUUGUUUCUCUGGAGCCACCGGAACUUGCACAAACCUUGGACGGCUAAAAGACAGACACCCCUUGUCUGUGGUAAUAAGAAUAAGCAAGGCGGAUACUCUUCAGAUACACUCGAGCUGAAUCAGGCAAUGAAACUAAGCAAGAUGGAAUCACCACAAUCAUUUAGUGGGGAGUCCUUAAACAAAGUCCACAAUGGCAACUGCAAUGACAACCAGAACUGGAAAGGUUUUCACAAUGGAGUUUCUGGAUUGUGGCCCCAGAACCAAUGGGUUGCUUUCCCUGGUGAAUCAUCGUCAUUCACAAGAGUAGAGGAGUGGGUGAGGGAUCUUGACACCGAAGUGUCACUUCCCACUAAUGAAGAUGCAAACACUGAAGAGGAUGUCAGAUUCCCAUCUUCUCCUGAUAGUGUUAAAUCGUUAACAAGAAGCACAGCUCACCAGACUCGGCAUCUAGAUGUCAAUCUGUCUGAGGAGAUAUUACAGGCCAAUAAUGUCAUCCAGUCUCUCAACUCUUCUUCAACUGUGGCUCACAUUUCAGGCAUAUGGUUGAAAGCUAUCCCAUCCAUCUCACUCUUCUCCAGCCUUCGAUCUGUCAACUUGUCAAAUAACCUCAUAGUCCAUAUUGCUCCAGGUUUGCUGCCAAAGGGCCUCCAUUCACUCAACCUGUCAAAGAACAAGAUCAACACAAUUGAAGGACUCAGAGAACUGACUCGAUUGAGAGUGCUUGAUCUCAGUUACAACCGCAUUUCUCGAAUUGGACAUGGGUUGUCAAACUGUACACUGAUCAAAGAGCUCUAUCUUGCUGGGAACAAGAUUAGUGAUGUUGAAGGGCUGCACAGGCUCUUAAAGUUAACAGUCCUAGACCUGAGCUUCAACAAGAUAACUACAACAAAAUCCCUGGGUCAACUUGUUGCAAACUACAAUUCAUUGCAAGCUUUGAAUCUAUUGGGGAAUCCAAUUCAGAACAACAUCAGUGAUGAGCAGCUGCGCAGGGCCGUAUGUAGUCUCCUCCCAAAACUAGCAUACCUGAACAAGCAGCCCGUCAAACCACAGAGAGCAAGGGAAGUUCUUACUGAUAGUGUUGCCAAAGCUGCUCUUGGGAGUAGCAACUGGGGUUCUCGAAGAAAAGCAGUUAAGAAAGUAAGCCAGGGUGGAUCAAUAUCCUCCUCCAUUAGGUCAAGAAGCACUGUCGCAGUUGGGCACAAGAGCAGAGACAAAUCCAAAAGCCAUAGUCGUCCUUAUUUGCCUCCAAAGACACCUUUAUCUGCACAACGGUCUUCAUCUCGUUAGAUGUUUUCUCAUUCCUGGGAACACAUUGCAAAGGUUGACUCUACCUGCCAACUUGACCACUCGGAAUGAGUCACAGCCUCACAGGUAAUGCCUCUUGACUGUGACUCAUUCUACGCUACCCAUUUGACUCACAACCCAUGAACCCGUGAUAUGGAUAAGCAAAAUUGGUGGCCUUAUCUGAGCCAUGAAUCUGUUUCACUGAACACAUAUGACCCGUCACCUGUAGUGACCCAACCCACCAAUUUACCAGGUCUAUUCCUGAUUAGUUUACCUUCAAAAUUCAAGGGGGUUUCUUUCCUCUUUUAUUUUCACUAGAGCCACAGAACACAGCUUGCUAGCUAGGUACGUUCUGUUGCAAUUUCUACUUCCUCCAUCCUCUCUUUUGCCUAUCUUUCUCCUUCUCCACGUCAGUGUGGUUCUGGUAUUUUAGAGUUUCUUAUGUACUGUGGUGUGUGGUGUGGUGUGGUAAAAUGUUAAUUUCUAUAGCUGUUAUUUAAGCUUGUUAUGGCAUGGUAAAACAGCUUGCUAUGGUACUGUUCUAUUUGAAUCUACAUUUUGUGUGUGUGUGUGUGUGUGUUUUUUUUUUGGCAGAGAUUCUACAAUUUUUUUUUUUUGGCUGAAAACAAAGAGCAUUUUGUAUU